GCUCUUAUUGUGAAAAGUCUCGACCGGAAGUGUAGUUUUUCUUUUGUAGUUCUCCUCCACUGAGCGGAGUGACAGAAACCACACGGACCGAACCGACCUUCAUUCAAUCUACAGCUAUGGGGCCGACAGGUGAGGUGGUGUUUGGCAGCCCGGUACCGGUCUGCUCCGAGAACCGGCUCCGCUGGGACCUGAGCCCCGAGCAGAUCCACGACCUCUCCGACAAACUCAUCGCCAAGACCAAGCAGGUGUACGACGAUGUGGGAAGUCUGGAUCUGGACGGCGUCACCUUCGAGAACACGCUGAAGGCGCUCGCCGACGUGGAGGUCGAGUACACGGUUCAGAGGAACAUGCUGGACUUUCCUCAACACGUGUCUCCCAGUAAGGAGGUCCGAGCGGCGAGCACCGAGGCUGACAAGCGUCUGUCGGAGUUCGACGUGGAGAUGAGCAUGAGGGAGGACGUUUACCUGAGGAUCGUCGCCCUGCAGGAGAAGGUGGAUGUGGAACACCUCCCACCAGAGUCCAGACGCUACAUGGAGCGACUGAUCAAACUGGGGAGAAGAAACGGCCUCCACCUCCCCAAAGAGACGCAAGAGGAGAUCAAGGCCAUCAAGAAGAAACUGAGCAACCUGUGCAUCGACUUCAACAAGAACCUGAACGAGGACACCACCAGCCUGUCCUUCACCAGGGAGGAGCUGGGCGGCCUCCCUGAGGACUUCCUCACCUCUUUGGAGAAAGACGGAGACAAGCUGAAGGUCACACUGAAGUAUCCUCACUAUUUCCCCACCAUGAAGAAGUGCUUCGUCCCAGAAACCCGCAGGAAGCUGGAGGAGGCCUUCAACUCCCGCUGCAAAGAGGAGAACUCCGUCAUCCUGAAGGAGCUGGUGAAGCUCAGAGCGCAGAAAUGCAAACUGCUCCAGUUCAAAACCCACGCAGACUUCGUCCUGGAGAUGAACAUGGCCAAGUCAGGACAGAACGUGGCCAACUUCCUGGAGGAACUGGCCUGUAAACUGAAGCCUCUGGGUGUUGAAGAGCGGGCGGUCAUCCUCAAACUGAAGAAGGACGAGUGUCUGAAGAGAGGUCUGGAUUUCAACGGGGAGCUCCACGCCUGGGACACCCGCUACUUCAUGACCCAGGUGGAGGAGACCCAGUACGCUGUGGACCAGAACCUGCUGAAGGAGUACUUCCCCAUGGAGGUGGUGACCCAGGGUCUGCUGGACAUCUACCAGGAGCUGCUGGGCCUGUCCUUCGAGCUGGUGGACGGAGCCGCCGUCUGGCAUCCGGAUGUGACGCUGUACUGCGUCAAGGACAAGACCAGCGGUCAGGUGGUCGGUCAGUUCUACCUGGACCUGUUCCCCAGGGAGGGGAAGUACGGCCACGCCGCCUGCUUCGGCCUCCAGCCCGGCUGUCUGCUGCCGGACGGAACUCGCCAGAUGUCGGUGGCGGCCAUGGUGGCCAACUUCAGCAAACCGACGGCCGACGCCCCGUCGCUGCUGCAGCACGACGAGGUGGAGACGUACUUCCACGAGUUCGGACACGUCAUGCAUCAGCUGUGUGCAGAGGCUGACUACGCCAUGUUCAGUGGGACCCACGUGGAGCGGGACUUCGUGGAGGCUCCGUCCCAGAUGUUGGAGAACUGGGUUUGGGAGAAGGAGCCUUUGAAGAGAAUGUCCCGACAUUAUAAGAGCGGAAACGCCAUCCCAGACGAGCUGCUCGACAAACUCAUGAAGUCACGCCUUGCCAACACCGGUCUGUUUAACCUGAGACAGAUCGUUUUGGCCAAAGUGGACCAGGCUCUUCACACCCAGACCGGUCUGGACCCGGCCGAGGAGUACGAACGCCUCUGUCUGGACGUCCUGGGCAUCCCUGCCUCUCCAGGAACCAACAUGCCGGCGACCUUCGGACACCUGGCCGGCGGCUACGACGCCCAGUACUACGGUUACCUGUGGAGCGAGGUGUUCUCCAUGGACAUGUUCUACGCCCGCUUCAAGAAGGAGGGAAUCAUGAACCCCAAGGUGGGUCUGGACUACAGGAAGUUCAUCCUGCGACCUGGCGGUUCUGAGGACGCCGCCGAGAUGCUGAAGAAGUUCCUCGGGCGCGAGCCCAAACAGGAAGCGUUCCUUCAGAGCAAAGGACUGACGGUGGAUCAGCAAAGCAUGGCACAGCGCCGCUGCUGACCAAUCACAGCAGGCUCCGCCCUCAGGAGCGUCCGAGCGUCUGUGGAUUCAGAACAAAGGACUGAGCUUUUCUAGGAAAAACACAGGAACAUGUUCCACGAGUGGAAGAAGCAGUUUAGCAGGAAAUAAAAAGAUGUGAGGUCA